UCUCUCCCCCCCGCGAUUUCACACCAAUGAGCAUGCCGCGUGUAGUUCCCACUUGCUGGCAUCAGAAACACUAGAUAUCUUCAGCUCUACAGAUUCAUACAAAUACACACCAGCAUUGGCUAGACGGAGGCUGCGUUCUGCCAAAACACACGUUGGCGAUAGGCAGUGAUAUAUAAGAAGGGGAGAAAGAGUCCAGCGUCUCUCGCACACAGCAGGCUCAAGCUCUGAGGGCUUUUCAGUCCAGUAAAUGUCACUCAUCAGAGCUAUCAAAGAUGGAGGAGGGCUUUGAAGCCCACGCAAGUGCCACCUCAAGGAUCAGCACCAUGAAGACCAGACUAGGCUGCCUGUCCAACAAAUCUGACUCCUACAGUGACUUCUCUGAGUUCCUGCCUCCUGCCCACGAAACCACUGCCAGGUGUCUGAAAGUAUCAACGGAUGAAGUUGUUCGAUGGUCGGAAUCGUUUGAUCAUCUCCUGUCUCACAAAUAUGGCCUGGCUGCCUUCCGGACAUUUCUCAAGUCAGAGUUCAGUGACGAGAAUAUCGAGUUUUGGAUGGCUUGCGAGGAGUACAAAAAAAUCAAAAGCUCAACCAAGCUUGUGUCCAAAGCAAACAAGAUCUUUCACGAGUUCAUUGAUAUUCAGGCGCCCAGAGAGGUAAACAUUGACUACCCCACCAGGGAAAAGACCAAGCAGAGCCUGGGGGAUCCGUCCCCAACCAGCCUCAACGAAGUCCAAGCUAAAGUCUACAGCCUCAUGGAGAAAGACUCUUACCCACGAUUCCUCAGGUCCAAGAUGUACCAGGGUAUAUUAAACAGGGCAAAUGCUCAAAGUCAGCGGAGGUCUGUUUGACCAAAUCCGAUGAAGACCACAGAUGACAUCAAACUGGACCUACACUGUAAAUCACUAGUUAACCCUUUGACAUCAUCUCUGAAUACUGUGAAUCUGCAAGGAUGGGGGCGAUAUGCUUGACUGUUUCCUUUGUCUACACCAGCUCCAUGCAUGCAAUCCCUCUAGAAACGAAGUGUCUUGGUGGACUGCACUCUUCAGUACAGAAGAGAUUUCACGAGGAUAAGCUAAUUGUUUUACCUCCAGUUAGUGCUGGGCGAUAUGUUUUAAAGAUAUAAUCACAAUAAAAAAAAUUACCUUAUCAUGCGAUAACGAUAUUUAUCAGACACAAACCAUGACAUUCAAAUGUAUGCUGGCAGAACAAAAAGCAUUUGACAUUAAACAGACUACAACUAUUAAACAGAGCAAGCAACGAUUGAAUUGUCACAACCAACUCUUGAUAUUGUUUAGCUGUAAUUCAAAAUAUUUAUUAAGAAUUACAGCUGCUAAAAAUGAAAAACUUGAGAUGCAGCUGAGAGUUGAGGGUUGUUUUCAGUUGAAAUGCAUAUCUCAUUUCUACUGUACAGAAAAUCAAAGAUCAAUAUCAAAACAUAACUUCAGCAGGACCUUUUUUAAACUGACAUGUAAAUGCCAAAACUUUAUUUUGGAGCACUUUAUUGUUUCUAAUCCUCUGAUUAUGAACCAUUUCGGUAAUGGAUUUAACUGAUGUUAGACAUGAUCUCUGCUGGGGCAUGACUAAUGCAGUUAUUACCAUGGAGGUCUUGUAUUUUUGGUCAGAAAUAAAAUAAAUGAUAAAACACAAUUUCCUAAAUGCAAUUGGCGAGCUCCAUUGGUUAAACUUGAUUGACUUGUUGGGGUUUACACAGUUAAUGCAUGUAAAAAAUAAAGGGAUAAAUAUCAUUAAUGUUUUAUCGCCCAGCACUACCUCUACUUAUCUUCAGUUCUUUAGGAAAUAGACACCGUUGUAUGCAGGUGACUAGAUCUAUAGGGUAGUUUAUGUGUUUACAUUGAACAAUGAAGUGAGUGAACACUUAAUAUCUCAAACUGUGCCAAAUUAGAUUGCACUUCGAUAUCGAUAUAACUACAUAAUCCUGUGUAUUGUAAACUCUUGGAGGUAUUCUAUGUGUAUAAGUAUAAUGAAGGGUUUGGGUUACUUUUUGUUUUCAAUUCACUCCUAUUCAGCAAGCAGAAAUGUGCUAUCAACCCUUUUUGAGAAGUUUCUGUAUGUUGUGUAUAUACAGUGCAUCCUAUUGGAACAUCAUUCAUUGGCGACCAGGAUUAUGUAGAGAUUUAUUAUCGUUCAUAUCUUUUUUUAUUUGAUUUAGGCCAUUUUAACUAAAAAAAACAAUUGUUAAAUGUAAUCUCUUACAAUCAACAUUGGAUUUAAAAUGACUCAAUAUUUGCCUAAAGUUUGGAAGUACUGACAGGUAAUUAAUUACAGUACCUUAAUAAAGUGAAAAUUGCAAUUUAUCACAUAAUUAAUUUGCUACAAUUUACCGCAUAACGAGCAUGCAUUGCUUCAUUAGACUAAAUAUCAAACAUUGGCCUCCUGCUAGUGGUGAAUUGAAAGUGACAGCCCAGACCCCCAAAUAAUCUGUUCCGAGUUGAAAAACAUGUUGUGCAAAUUUCCUAAAUAAUUUUCAGCAUGAUGCAAUACUCAGAAUAACUAUUUAGAUAUCCUUCAACUUGUACAGGGGGUAAUGUAAAUGUCUGCAAAGAAAUGUGUUUGAAAUGUGCUCCCUCAGCAUUUGCACUCCUUUUUAAAAUAAGAUUUGAAAAGAUUUCAGCGAAGACAAAUAUUUUUCUUUGUUGCAUGUGCACCAUAAAGGCCAAACUGUUGGAAAUGCAACCGAACUGGCUGAAGAACAUACCACCCUAUAUGGUAUGUUACUGUGUUCCACAUGAAUGUAACCUUCCCACUAUAUUUUGCGAUUAAAAAAUGAAUCUGCAUCUAUA